AUGGGAGACAAGAACGAAGAGGGUUUGACAGUGCUGUUAGAACAAAACGUUCAGGAAGAGGUUCAGGAAAAUGAAGGGGAGGAGGAUAGUAGUAGUGAAGAAGAGAGUGAUGGCGACGGUAGCAAUUUUCCGCUUGUGGGAGCCCCGGGUCAGUAUUCAUAUGACGAUCGUAUGAAGCUGACGGAAGAAGAAAGAGGGUGGGCUCUGGCUGUCAAGCGGGCUGUGGCAGAAGAGGGAGAUCUGGAGCCACUCAGUGACUUUUGGUAUUGCCAAUUUGGAAUCAUUGACCGUGACAAUGUGGAACGAUCCCUGGAUCGGAUACGGACCAUGCAGGCAUUUCGCGAGGAGUACGACUUUGUGGAUUCCUGGGAGGCAGGAAUGGAGUUUGUCCGAGAGCUGAUCUCUGUAAUGCCUGGAUACUGGUUGGCUCUCAACUACAAUCCUCGCGAUGGUAACUACAUCUUUGCGAUGGAUGUAGCCCGCUUCUACGCCAAGAUCCUUCAGGCACAACCGGAACUCGUUCGCAUCUGGCUUUUAGCUUCUCACUUUGUGACUCAUGCUCAGUGUCCUGAUUUCAAGGCCAUUCGAAAGGGUAGCAUCCUGCUCAUGGAAAACGAAGGUUUCAAUUUCAAAGCCAACUUUGGAUUCAGUGACAUGAAGAGAGUUUACUCAGAAGUCGCUGCCGUGUACCCCUUCAAAUUUGACCAAAUCAAGAAUUUCAACACGGGAGUCUUAUUCAAUAUCAUACUCUCCAUGACACGGGGAAUUGCAUCCAAGGAGCAUUCCCAAAAACUCCAACGGGGAUGCCGUACAGCUGACGGUGUGGAACGUCUCGAUGAAUUCUUCUUGAGUUCGGGUAUACAAGUUGCCAAUGAAAAGCUUAUACAAGCCAUCAAGGCAUCAUUGCAAUGGAGAUUCUACUGCCAGUCCAAAUUCUCACUGGAGGAGGACAAUGGUGCACGUCAAUUCGUAGAAGAGAGAUGA